AUGGCAAAAGCUUCAGACAACCCAAAGGCUGUCCCUGAGGCGCUUAUCGCCAAAUUCCAAGUCGACAGACUGCUCAAACAAGACCAGCAAGGCCGACGUAUCACCCUCCUCGGAACAAUUGACGGCCAACAAGGAAUUCUCACUGCCGAGCGCGCCGCUUUCGCAACCGAAUCCCUCGGAGUCCUGCGUGCAUUCCAUGCCGCCGUCACAAGGAUCAAGAACCUAGGCGAUAACGACAUUUACAGAUGGUACCUCGCCUCCUCGAAUGGAGCUAGCCAGGCGUCGGACGAGGCUCAGCACGACCUCAAGUUGAACCUCAUCUGGCCCUGUACUGAACAACACAUCAAGAAAUACUCGGAUCAACAAGUUCGCAUGGUCACCGAAACCCCGGCAAUUUACAAGGACCACGUGCGGCCAUUUAUGCAGGCUAAACGUGAGGAAGGGCGUCUCAACUGGGUGUUUAAUAUCUUGGAAGGCCGGACCGAGCAAGAGGAUGUCAUUAUGCGGGACGACGGGCACGGCCCAGAAGACGCAUUUCUCAUGUUGCCGGAUCUCAAUUGGGAUCGAAAGACCAUGAGCUCGCUACAUUUGCUUGCUUUGUUACACCGACGGGAUAUUUGGAGUCUGAGGGAUUUGCGAAAGAGUCAUAUUCCUUGGCUGCGGUAUCUGCGACAGCGGGUUUUGGAGGCGACGGUGUCGAUGUACCCGGAUCUGGAGCAAGAUCAGUUGAAGCUCUAUGUGCAUUAUCAACCCACGUAUUAUCACUUCCACAUUCAUGUUGUCAAUGUGAUGCUGGAAGCUGGUGCUACGCAGGCCACUGGAAAGGCCUUUGGAUUGGAAAACCUCAUUUCUCAACUUGAGACUAUGUCUGGUGGUGACGAUGCGAGCUUGGCCGAUGUCGACUUAACUUACUACCUGGGCGAAGCAAGUGAGUUAUGGACGGACAUUUUUGCCCCAUUGAAGCAGGAUGCUCAGCCAAAGACGCUUUGA